ACGUCGAUCGCUAGCUAGUUUAAAGAUUCAAUCUUCUUAUUGUAAAUGAACAUAGUAAUAAUCUACAAGUUUGGGAACAAUGGAUGGCAGAGGCAGAUCACUCGUCCUUCUCUGUCUUUCAUGUUUGCUGAUUCCUGCUUGUUCUACGACUGACACUUUAGAGCAAGGCAAACCACUCAGAUAUGGGGAGCUGCUGAAGUCAUCAAACGAUCUCUUCAGGUUAGGAUUCUUCCGGUUUUACAAAGCUUCAGAUAAAUCUUUCUUAGGAAUUUGGUAUAAUGAUUACAGCUCCAAUUAUGAAGUUGACGUAGUUCAGGAACCAGUUUGGAUUGCAAACCGGAACAACCCAAUCUUCAACGGUUCUGGAAUUCUUUCAGUCAACCACAAUGGAUGCCUGCAGAUUUUAUCUGGUGAGAAGGAGAUCUUUGCCUUAUAUUCAACUGGAGCUUCAAUUCAGGUUCAGGCUCGUGCCACCCUAAAAGACGAUGGCAACUUUGUACUGCGGCAACUGAAUUCAGAUGGAUCCGAGGCGGUUUUAUGGAAAAGUUUUGAUUACCCAACGGACACUCUCUUACCGGGGAUGAAACUAGGAUUUAACUCGAAAACUGGGUUCAAUUGGACUUUGACAUCAAUGAGAAGUUCCUACUCACCUGCCUCAGGCUCUUUUACACUGGGAGUGGAUCCCAACGGCACAAAACAACUGGUCAUCUGGCGGCGAGACGAUGUAUACUGGAGAAGUGGACCUUGGCAAAAUGGCAGCUCUGACUUUGCAUACUUAACGCCCAGGCAGGAAUCCGCUUACAGCUUUAAUUUCACUCAAAAUGAGAAUGAAACGUACUUCACUUUCAGUACAACCCCGGCACUGGUCUUUUUCCCAUCGAUGCAACUAGAGUCACGGGACUCGUAUGCUGUGCUGCAGAUUCCUACUGUAGGAUACCGGCGCGAUUUAGUUUCAUGUACUUAUCCUUAUAGUUCCUCCAUUACAGGAGAACCCAAUUCGGCAGGAUGCGUAAAGCAAAAGCUUCCCGAGUGCAGGGGUACUAUGCUUGAUCAUGAAUACAUCUACCCGGACUAUGGUUCCAUGUCCAGCGCAGGAUUCAGAUUCAGCGAUACUGAAAACCUGACUCUUGAAGAUUGUAAGGUCAAAUGCUUGCUAAACUGUUCGUGUUUUGCCUAUGCUACCACAAAUGUGGAUGGAACUGGCUGUGAAGUUUGGACAUCGAGGGCAUUUUUCAGAGAAACAAAUUCUGGCCGUGCUAUAUACAUCCUUCCUUCCAAAGGGAAUAAAUGGUGGCUAUGGCUAACCAUUGUAGUUGGAGGAAUGAUGAUCUUACCCACUCUGUUCUCCGUCUGCUACAUCAUAUGGAAAAAAUGCACAUCAAAUGGAGAUGAAAACAUUAAUCAAAGGACACUAAUAAAAGAAUUGGAAGGCAGUGAUGCGCCUUCCAUCUCAUUUGGAAAGCCAAAAGGUCAUAAGAAAGAUAGAAAUGAGCUCCAUGUCUUCAGCUUCGAAAGCAUUGUCUCUUCUACAAACUAUUUUUCAAGUGCAAAUAAGCUUGGAGAAGGAGGUUUUGGACCAGUUUACAAGGGUAUACUAUUUGAUGGACGAGAAGUUGCAAUUAAAAGACUCUCGAGGAGUUCAGGCCAAGGAGUGGCCGAGUUCAAGAAUGAAGCACUGUUAAUUGCAAAGCUGCAGCACACGAAUCUUGUGAGGCUUCUAGGAUUUUGCAUUCAAGGUGAAGAAAAGAUAUUAAUCUAUGAGUAUAUGCCAAACAAAAGCUUGGACUCCUUUCUAUUCGAUCAUGCAAAGAAGAAAGUGUUGAAUUGGAAGAUACGCCUUAACAUCAUUGAAGGGAUUGCUCAGGGGCUUCUUUAUCUCCACAAGUAUUCUAGAUUGAGAGUGAUUCAUAGAGACUUAAAAGCCAGUAACAUUUUGCUUGACAGUGAGAUGAAUCCAAAAAUAUCUGAUUUUGGGAUGGCUAGAAUAUUUGGACUAAAUGAAUCUGAAGUAAACACAAAUAGAGUUGUUGGAACAUAUGGUUAUAUGUCUCCAGAAUACGCAUUCCAUGGCCUUGUUUCUAUCAAAACUGAUGUUUUUAGCUUUGGAGUUUUGCUCCUAGAGCUUGUAAGUGGCAUGAAGAAUACUGGUCGCUAUCAUUCUGAGCAUCCGCUUAACCUUUUAGGAUAUACAUGGCAGCUUUGGAAUGAAGAUAGAGCUUGGGAGGUAAUGGAUCCCACUUUAGAUGGAUUUUGCCCUCGUUGUCAAAUAUUAAGAUGCAUCCAUAUUGGCCUUCUAUGUGUACAAGACCAAGCCAUUGAUAGACCUACUAUGUCCGAUGUUGUUUCAAUGCUUUCAAAUGAGACAAUGCCACUGCCACAACCAAAACAACCAGCAUUUUUCAUCACCACCUUAGUUCAGGAACAAGCUGGUGGUCCUGAGAUCAAGUCGGAGAACUGUUCCAUAAAUCAAGUGUCAAUUUCUGUAAUGGAAGCUAGAUGAUUGUUUCUGACGUUACAGUGAUGCUUAUAUGAUAGUCGCAUAAAUACCAUGCAGGUUGUUAUUAUGUUAAUUUGUACAAUCGUGCCUUUAAAUUGAUGGGGUAUAUGACUAUAAACUGAAUAAAUGAUGAAAUUAUUC